GAUGAGUAGCUUCAUGAAUAUGGCGUGUAUUGGAGACUUUGACCCAUUCACCGCUGCCAUUCCCGCCACCAGAGUUGAGCUCACGGUGUCAUGUAGAAAUCUCCUGGACAGAGACACAUUCUCCAAAUCAGACCCAAUUUGUGUGCUGUAUACACAAGGAAUCGCCAACAGGGAAUGGAGAGAGUUUAGUCGGACAGAGAUGAUAAACAACACCCUGAAUCCAGACUUUGUCCGGAAAUUCACCCUGGACUAUUUCUUUGAAGAGAGACAGAAUCUACGAUUUGACCUGUACGACCUCGACUCGAAGAGCGACAACCUGUCUAAACAUAAGGACUUCCUGGGCCAGGCAUUCUGUACCCUGGGGGAGGUGGUGGGCUCCAUGGGAAGCUGCGUGGAAAAACCUCUCAUUGGGAUUCCAGGGAAGAAGUGUGGUACCAUCAAAGUGAGAGCAGAGGAGCUGAGCAAUUGCAGGGAGUCAGUGAUGCUGCAAUUCUGUGGGAACAAGUUGGACAAGAAAGACUUCUUUGGGAAAUCGGAUCCUUUUCUGGUCUUCUACCGCAGUAACGAAGACGGAUCAUUUACUAUUUGCCAUAAGACAGAGGUGGUGAAGAACACUCUGGACCCAGUGUGGCAGGCCUUCAAGAUCCCUGUCAAGACCCUGUGCAACGGAGACUAUGACAGGAGCAUAAAAGUGGAGGUGUAUGAUUGGGACCGAGAUGGAGGCCAUGACUUCAUUGGGGAAUUCAAUACCAGCUACAGAGAGAUGUCAAGAGGCCAGUCACAGUUUCACAGCUACGAGGUGGUCAAUCCAAAGAAGAAAGGCAAGAAGAAGAAGAAAUACCUCAACUCGGGAACAGUAACCCUUCUGUCCUGCCUGGUGGACAUGGAACUCACCUUCCUGGAUUACAUUAAAGGAGGGACUCAGAUUAGUUUCACAGUGGCAAUUGAUUUCACAGCAUCAAAUGGCAACCCCUCCCAGCCCACCUCUCUACACUACAUGAGUCCGUACCAGCUGAAUGCCUACGCCAUGGCUCUGAGAGCUGUAGGGGAGAUUAUCCAGGACUACGACAGUGACAAGAUGUUCCCUGCACUGGGCUUCGGAGCUAAACUGCCCCCGGAUGGACGGGUCUCGCACGAGUUCGCUCUGAAUGGGAACCCCCAGAAUCCGUACUGCAGUGGGAUAGAGGGGGUGAUGGAGGCUUACUACCAAAGCCUCAAGUCUGUUCGACUCUAUGGACCCACACAUUUCUCCCCUGUCAUUAACCACGUGGCCAGGUAUGCACAAUCAGUCAAAGAUGGCUCCCAAUACUUCAUCCUCCUUAUCAUCUCGGACGGCGUCAUCACCGACAUGGCCCAGACCAAGGAGUCCAUCGUAAACGCAGCUACUUUGCCCAUGUCAAUUAUAAUUGUCGGAGUUGGACCAGCAGAAUUUAAUGAAAUGAUUGAGCUUGAUGGAGAUGAAGAGAGGAUCUCAUCCCAAGGGAGGUUCGCCGAGAGAGACAUUGUUCAGUUUGUUCCGUUCCGUGACUACAUCGACCGCAGGGGGAACCACAUUCUGAGUAUGGCCCGUCUGGCCAAGGAGGUCCUGGCUGAGAUCCCUGACCAGUUCCUCUCCUACAUGAGAACCAGGUGCAUCAAACCAGGCCUCUGCCCCCCUGCCGACAACCCCGCCCCCGCCGUGCACCCCCAUCUCACCCGACGGGUCAGCCGAAUCUGAAGGCUAAGCCUCCUCCGGGGCCUCUUCCUUUCUUGCUUCUUCUUCCUCACUGGAGUUUGACGAUGGCGGUCCGAAGAAGCCAACCGCCAUUUCCACUCUCUUGUUGCACUUUUGUGAAUUCUGACUUCCUCUCUGCAGAAAGGACAGCAAGGCAUUUUGCUUCUAUUUAAAGUGUCCCUCAGGAAGGACUUCCCAUGAGAUGUCAGAGGCCACAGUUUACUGGUCUGACCCAGGAAGUGGGUGAGUGCCUAGAACUGACCAACCAGGAGCAGCAUCCAAUCUGUGAAGAACCGUUCAGAAAUACAUUUCUAUCUCUUAUUUCUAUGCCCUACUCUUCCUCUCAACCCCACUUUUGUCUCGCCAACGGUCUCUUUCUAAAUGUUUACAAAUUUAAGGAUGAAGAGGAGGAUUUGUACUUGUGGAUACACAGUUGAAGUCGGAAGUUUACAUGCACUUAGGUUGGCGUCAUUAAAACUCGUUUUUGAACCACUCGACAAAUUUCUUGUCAACAAACUAUAGUUUUGGCAAGUCGGUUAGGACAUCUAUUUUGUGUAUGACACAAGUAGUUUUUAUAACAAUUGUUUACAGACAGAUUAUUUCACUUAAAAUUCACUGUAUCACAAUUCCAUUGGGUCAGAAGUUUACAUACACUAAGUUGACUGUGCCUUUAAACUGCUUGGAAAAUUCCAGAUAAUUAUGUCAUGGCUUUAGAAGCUUCUGAUAGGCUAAUUGACAUAAUUUGAGUCAAUUGGAGGUGUACCUGUGGAUGUAUUUCAAGUCCUACCUUCAAAGUCAGUGCCUCUUUGCUUGACAUCGUGGGAAAAUCAAAAGAAAUCAGCCAAGACCUCAGAAAACAAAUUGUAGACCUCCACAAGUCUGGUUGAUCCUUGGGAGCAAUUUCCAAACGCCUGAAGGUACCACGUUCAUCUGUACAAACAAUAGUAUGCAAAUAUAAACACCAUGGGACCACGCAGCCGUCAUACCUCAACUUUGGUGGAAAAGUACAAAUCAAUCCCAGAACGACAGCAAUGGACCUUGUGAAGAUGCUGUAGGAAACCGGUACAAAAAUAUCUAUACCCACAGUAAAACGAGUCCUAUAUCGACAUAACCUGAAAGGCCUCUCAGCACGGAAGAAGCCACUGCCCCAAAACCGCCAUAAAAAAAGCCAGAUUUCGGUUUGCAACUGCACAUGGGGACAAAGAUUGUACUUUUUGGAGAAAUGUCCUCUGUUUGGCCAUAAUGACCAUCAUUAUGUUUGGAGGAAAAAGGGGGAUGCUUGCAAGCCGAAGAACACCAUCCCAACCGUGAAGCACGGGGGUGGCAGCAUCAUGUUGUUUGGGUGCUUUACUGCAGGAGGGUCUGGUGCACUUCACAAAAUAGAUGGCAUCAUGAGGCAUGAAUAUUUUGUGGAUAUAUUGAGGCAACAUCUCAAGACAUCCGUCAGGAAGUUAAAGCAUGGUCGCAAAUGGGUCUUCCAAAUGGACAAUGACCCCAAGCAUAUAUCCAAAGUUGUGGCAAAAUGGCUUAAGGACAACAAAGUCAAGGUAUUGGAGUGGCCAUCACAAAGCCCUGACCUCAAUCCAAUAGACAAUUUGUGGGCAGAACUGAAAAAGCGUGUGCGAGCAAGGAGGCCUACAAACCCGACUCAGUUACACCGUCUCUGUCAGGAGGAAUGGGCCAAAAUUCACCCAACUUAUUGUGGGAAGCUUGUGGAAGGCUAUCCGAAACGUUUGACCCAAGUUAAACAAUUUAAAGGCAAUGCUACCAAAUACUAAUAUAGCGUAUGUAAACUUCUGACCCCCUGGGAAUGUGAUGAAAGAAAUAAAAGCUGAAAUACACUCUCUACUAUUAUUCUGACAUUUCACAUUCGUAAAAUAAGUGGUGAUCCUAACUGACUUAAGACAGGGAAUUGCUACUAGGAUUAAAUGUCAGGAAUUGUGAAAAACUGAGUUUAAAAUGUAUUUGGCGAAGGUGUAUGUAAACCUCCGACUUCAACUGUAUAUGUAUUUUUCUUUGUUUGUACUCCAGAUGCACUCUGUCUCUGGUUGUAGCGAAGACAAUGAUUAUGAUGAUGCUGACGACAAUUGUACAAAGAGACCCAGGAGCCACAUCCCAUGUGUGGUGUUUUUUUUUUUAAACGGAGCAUGUUCUAUAUCUAGUAGAGGGGUAUGCAUGCCGAGUGAAUCCUGCACUCAGGGCCUCCUACCCCCUUUCAGACAGGACCUUCACCAUCUAUAAUCUUCCCACUCGCUACCUUACUUGUCUGCCUGCCUUGACUCACAAGGGGACUCCCUUCCCUUCAGAGUCUGGUCCUGUCAUAUACAGCAGGGACUCAACCAGCCUUACUCUCUCUCUCUGCAUAACAAAUGGUACUCUUUUCCUUACAUAGUGCACAACUUUUAGUGCACCCUAUGGGCCCUGGUCAAAAGUAAUGCAGUGUAUAGAGAGUAGAGCGUAAUUUGGGACACAGCCUCUCUCUGUCGGUUACAUUCACAGUUGCCAUUCUCAUAAGGAUUUUGGAAUAAUGGAAUCUUCAUCCAUGCCCAGGAGUCAAAAACACACAUACCAGUUAGUUACACUACUUCCACGUGUGUCCUCUGACUCGUCUUACUUUUUUCAAGUUUGAAGCCUGUGAGAAAAUGUUGUUUGUAUUUUCAGAAGGGUUCUCUCUUUUGUUUCUACUUCUCACUUUGCGUCAUGCCGCUAAACCCUGUGUAUAUAUGUUUUGGAAAGGCAGGAUAUUCAGUAAAAUUAUCAAGAAAUAUUUCAGUUAACCUUUUGGUUUACGACAUUGCCUUUGUCUGUCACAAAGUGAAAUUAUGUUUUACAUUUACUUUCAACAUUUUACUCG